ACAUCUUUUAUAAUGUCGAGUAUAAUAUUUUUAAGUCCAAUUUAUUUCUAAGUAAAUUUUUAUAUAAAUUUUACAAACAACAAAAUGGGUGCUAAAGGUAAAAAAAAGAAGGGAAAGAAGGGACCUCCGGAGUCAGGAUGGUGGCCAGGAUUUGGAACGAAGGCCACAAUGAGCACCUACUUCCAGUACCCAACUCCCGAGCUGCAGGAGGAGCUGAGGAAGAUCGCCCAGGCGAUCGUCGCUCCUGGCAAGGGUAUCCUUGCUGCUGAUGAGUCCACUGGCACCAUGGGCAAGCGUCUCCAGGACAUCGGAGUCGAGAACACAGAGGAGAACCGCCGCAAGUACCGCCAGUUGCUCUUCAGUUCCGACGCCGCCCUCUCGGAAAACAUUUCCGGAGUAAUCCUGUUCCACGAGACCCUCUACCAGAAGGCUGACGAUGGCACUCCCUUGGUCACCCUCCUGGAGAAGCGUGGCAUCAUCCCCGGCAUCAAGGUCGACAAAGGUGUCGUCCCACUCUUCGGAUCUGAAGACGAGUGCACUACUCAGGGUCUGGAUGACCUCGCCCAGCGCUGCGCCCAGUACAAGAAGGACGGCUGCCACUUCGCCAAAUGGCGUUGCGUGCUCAAGAUCGGCCGCUUCACUCCAUCCUACCAGGCGAUCAUGGAGAACGCGAACGUCUUGGCUCGUUACGCCUCCAUCUGCCAGAGCCAGCGCAUUGUGCCCAUCGUCGAGCCCGAGGUUCUGCCUGAUGGUGAGCACGACCUUGACCGUGCCCAGAAGGUGACCGAGGUUGUUCUGGCUGCCGUCUACAAGGCGCUGAGCGACCACCACGUCUACCUUGAGGGUACCCUUCUCAAGCCCAACAUGGUGACUCCUGGCCAGGGCUGCAAGAAGACUUACACUCCCAUGGACAUUGGCCGUGCCACCGUCACCGCUCUGCUCAGAACUGUACCUGCUGCCGUUCCCGGCGUCACAUUCCUGUCUGGUGGUCAGUCUGAGGAGGAGGCGUCAGUGAACCUGAACGCCAUCAACACUGUGGACUUGAAGAGGCCGUGGGCCCUCACCUUCAGCUACGGUCGUGCCCUCCAGGCCUCCGUCCUCCGCGCGUGGGCCGGCAAGCCUGAGAACGUGUUGGCUGGACAGCAGGAGCUCAUCAAGCGUGCUAAGGCCAAUGGAUUAGCUUGCGUUGGAAAGUAUGAAGCGGGUUCGAUUCCCUCUCUGGCCUCGAACAAAUCUAACUUUGUUAAGUCGCAUGCCUAUUAGAAUAGUUUAAGUAAACCAUACAUAUAUACUGCUAAAUGUUAAAAGUAAAUAUUAUCAUGUUAUUAUGAUUAUAUUUUUAAGCCAAUGCUUUUUUUAGUCAUUUUUUAUGAAGUUUUAUCAGAUGGACUAUGUAUGGUUGGCUUUAUAAGAAUGUUGCCUAAUUCAAAAUCUAUUUUCAAAUUGUUAUUUUUACUUUAAAGAAAAUUUUAUAUACCAAAAUUGCUUAAAAACUUUAAAUUUAAUUGGCUGUUGUUAUUUUAUGUUUUUAUUUUAAACUUUUUACAUUCCACGUUUUUUAAAGAAUUUAUUUUCAAAAUCUUAAAUCGAAUUGAGAUCCAAUAUGGCAUUUAUUUUUAUUAUACUUUUUUAAAGUUCUAUUUCUAAGUGUAUCACAAACAAAUCUAAAACAUCACAUUAUUUUAAUUUGGUACUUAACCUAACCAAUUGCGAACAAUAAUUUCUAAGUCAUAUUAUUUGUAACAAAUUCACAAAAACCACAUUUUUUACAAAUAAUAUGACUUAACGCCAUUUUACAAAUCCAAAAUUACAACAACACGUUUAAAAAAAGAAAAAGGUAAUUUCAAAUAUUUUCAUCUCGCUCUCACAUUACCUGUGGAAACGAGAAAGAAGUAUUUAAUGUCAAAAAAUAACGGCUUUUUAUUCUUUUUUUUAACGUGUAGUAUUGCAUGUAUCUAAUUAUUAUAGAAGUAUGCUUGAAAUAGUGUGUAGUACAGACACUAUGCAGCUUAUUGUGUGCUUGUAUUUGUUGAAAUAAAUAAUUAAUUUCGUUUUUAUA